AUGGCUUCCGUCAGGGAUGAACGCGAAGUUCAGAAAUCAUACUGGAUUCAGCAUUGUGCUGAUCUCUCUGUCGAGGCAAUGAUGCUCGAUUCCAAAGCUUCCGAUCUCGAUAAGGAAGAAAGACCUGAGGUACUUUCCCUACUACCACCAUAUGAAGGAAAAUCAGUUAUUGAGCUUGGAGCUGGUAUUGGAAGAUUUACUGGAGAGUUGGCCCAGAAAGCUGGUCAAUUAAUUGCUGUAGACUUCAUUGAGAGUGCAAUAAAGAAGAAUGAAAGCAUUAAUGGACACUACAAAAAUGUCAAGUUUUUGUGUGCUGAUGUCACAUCUCCAAACAUGCCUGUUUCUGAAGGAUCUGUCGAUGUGAUUUUUUCAAAUUGGUUACUAAUGUAUCUUUCAGAUAAUGAGGUUGAGAAUUUAGCAGAAAGGAUGAUGAAAUGGUUAAAAGAUGAUGGAUACAUAUUCUUUCGUGAAUCUUGUUUCCACCAAUCUGGAGAUUCGAAAAGAAAUUACAAUCCUACUCACUACAGGGAACCCAGAUUUUACACAAAGCUAUUUAAAGAAUGCCAGAUGAGUGAUAGUUCGGGGAAUUCCUUUGAACUUUCUCUUGUGGGUUGUAAAUGCAUUGGAGCUUAUGUUCGAAACAAGAAGAAUCAAAACCAAAUUUGCUGGUUAUGGCAGAAAGUUAGAUCACAUGAUGAUAGAGGGUUCCAGAAGUUCUUAGACAGAGUUGAAUAUAGCGAGAAGAGUAUUUUACGAUAUGAGCAUGUGUAUGGCCGAGGCUUUAUAAGCGCUGGAGGACUUGAAACAACAAAGGAAUUUGUAGCAAAGCUGGAAUUAAAGGCUGGCCAGAAAGUACUGGAUGUUGGUUGUGGUGUUGGUGGAGGCGAUUUCUACAUGGCUGAAAAGUUUGAUGUUGAGGUUGUUGGUGUUGACCUCUCCAUAAAUAUGAUUUCCCGUGCUAUUGAGCGUGCCAUCGGACUGAAAUACAAUGUUGAAUUUGAUUGUGCUGAUUGCUCUAGAAAAACAUACCCUGAGAAGACAUUUGAUGUAAUCUACACUCGUGAUGCUAUGUUACACAUCAAAGACAAACCAACAUUAUUUAGAUCAUUUUACAAAUGGUUGAAACCUGGAGGUCAACUUCUAAUUACUGAUUACUGCAAAAGUGCUGGAAGUCCAUCAACAGAGUUUGCUGCGUACAUUAAGGAAGGAGGAUACCAUGUCCAUGACUUGAAAGAAUAUGAGCAGAUGCUGAAGAACGCUGGAUUUGAUGUCAUUGUUGAGGAUCGAACUGAUCAGUUUGUGAGAACACUGCAGCAGGAGCUACUUGCUCUCGAGAGCCGUAAGGACGAAUUUAUCGCUGACUUCAGUGAUGAUGACUACAGUGCAAUUGUGGAGAGAUGGAAGGCGAAGCAGAUCAGAGGUGAACGCGGUGAGCAGAAGUGGGGCUUGUUCAUUGCCAAGAAAAUAUGA